AUGAACCCUUCCGCCAUGAAAUUCCUUUCCGUCUCUUCCCCGCUCCCUCACCCCCCCGGCAGCAUCCAGGUGCCCCCAAAAACCCUGGUGCCCCCCGUGUUCCAGGCUGCCAGCUGGGCACGGGGCAGCAGCUCUGCCUCCAGCGCUGAGGAUUCCCCGGAUUCCGGCUCGGAGGGCCUGGAAAAGCAGCGGCAGCUCCAGCAGAGCGUCCUGCAGAACCGGGGGCUGCCAGGGCACGAGCGUGGGGACACCCCGGAGGGGGACAGCGCCGAUGGGGACAGCCUGGAGGAGACGAGCUCUGCAGAGGAAGGAGCCGAGCGCGACGCAAGAAAAGCAAAGAUUUGUGGGAGGAAACAACAGCCUACGGACAAAUAUUCCAGCCUGAGGUACAAUCCUCAUUGGAAGAAUGCAAAAAAAGGAGAUUUUUUUGAGGCAGAGAAGGCACCCCAGAUUUUUGGAGGAAGCAGUGGGGACUUUUCAGUGGAUUCAUUUUAUCUCCACUCUGAUGGCUCCUCAGAGGGCAAUCACCAGAGCCAGGAUUCACUCCCAGAGAUUGAUCCUGAAUUAUUCACAUUUUACGGAGCAAACGUGGCCGGCACCAAACCCGAUGGGCCACAAACCAAAAGGGAGGAACCUGCAGAUGGAUUUCAUUCCAAAAAUCAUCCUGGCCACGCUUUUCCUCCUCAGAACCAGCAGGAUCCACCCCAAAGAGCAAAAAAAAACUUUGUGAAAAAGAACAAACGGACUUUGGGACAGUCAGAGAGGAUCAAUUCCUACCUUGAGCUGCACCAUAAAAAGCAGCAAGUUCUUCAAGGGCAGGUCCCAGAUCCUCCACCAGCUGUUGAAGAACCAUUCCAGAAUGUUCCAGCAUCCCAAACUGGGAAAAUGAAGCCUGAAGAGAAAUGGUACCCAAAAGGACAGCAGCUCAAGGAGCAGCCCCGGCCCCUGCAGAGGCACCGAGCAGAGCCCAGGCCCCCUCUGGGUGGCAGAGCCUUCCCCAGGAGCGCUGGCCGGGAUCCCCCGGGAGCAGCAGGAGCCGCCAAUGCCCGGGCGCAGAGGCAGCAGCAGCCCCCGGGACCCCAGGCUGUGCCCCCUGCCCUGGGGCGGGACCCCAGCCCGGCCCUCGCCCCAAAUUCUUCUCUUGGCCCAGCAGAAAAACCCCAAAGCGGCUUAAACAACGCCCCAAAUCCAAUCCUUGCCACGCCUGGCUGUUUCCUCCCGAUAUUCCAGAAUUUUUACCCACCAGAGGUUUUAAAUCCUGAAUAUCCCGGCCAGGAGGACAAGAAACACCAGCAGGACUCUGCAGCUGGAAUUCCACAGCUGGAAUUCCCAACCAAUCCCAUCCCUGGGCAGGAUUUUUCCUGGAAUAGCAGCAGCAGUGACCAGGCUCAUCCGGAACUGGAGAAUAUUCCAGCUGAUUUUAAUGCCAUUUUUCAAGAAAAAGUGAAGGACCAAGCAGCGCUUCCAGAUUUCCAAAAUCACAUUCAUGAGGAUUGCAGCUCACCGACAUCUGCUUGCAGAAUCUCCCAUUUCGUAGAAAAGAAGGAAAAGCCACGAUUUUCUGAUUUUGAAGAUGCUUUUGCUGGCACGUGGCUGUGGGGUUUGUUCCCGCCUGCCCUGCCCCGGGGAGACUCAGGAAAAGCUGAAGGAAACCCAAGGAAAAUGAGAAGGAGCAGCUCAGAGGGGUCUCUCCUACAAAGGGAAAAGCAAAACCAGCCCAAAAUCAGCAAAAAGCUGGGCAGCUCCAAAUUCUACUUCAAUCAGAGUAUGAAGCUUGGAGGCCUUGGACCUGACUAUGAAACAAUCAAAGAGAAAAAAGAAAAGAUGAAGCUGCAGAAGGAAUAUUCCAGGCAAAUUAAGGAAUAUAACAUGAGGAAUAUCACUGUGGUUCAGAGGCUGCCUGCAAAGCCCCAGGUGCCCUCAGUGUCCAGGCAGAAGGCUCUGGAAUACGCCAAGAAGAUCCCAAGGCCGAAGAUUUUGAUAGCGAAGCAAUCGGAGCAGGAGGGGAAGGAGGUUCUGGCCCAGGCUCCAGCUGGACCCAGGUUCCCCAAAAUCCCAUCUCUGGAAUCCCUGUGGAGCAGGCACGAGAAGGAGAAGGAGGCCGUGGCUGCUUUUGAAGCCCUUCACAUCUUGUAGGUAUUUGGGGAAUCUCAGGGAUCGAGGCAAAAAUGCCUGAAUUGUUUUUAUUUUCACCUGUGACCAUCACAUCUUCAUUUCCCUGUCCGCUGAAAUUUAACUGGUUUAAUUUUAAUUAUUUUUAAGUGUUAGAGUUGGUUUUAAUUGUUCUACUUUGUACCUGUUU